CCUCGUCCAAACAGCCACUAAGCUCCCCGGUCCAUCUGGAGCCGUCGCCGUUUAUGGAGCAACCCUGUCCCCUGGCGGACCUGGCACCGUCAUCGGCGGCAACAGCAUCAGCGUGGCAUCAAACGAGAUCGUUGUCAAUGGCCAGACCGUUCCCUUCUCCACCAUGCCCGCACAAUUCGGCGUCACGCAAGCCGUUGUCAUCCUAGGCCAGCAGACUUACACCGCUCACCCGGCACCCGGUAGCGGCGGCGAGAUCGUCGUAGGCAAUGCAACCUUGACCCCUGGUGCACCAGCAACGACGAUCAACGGCAACGCCAUCAGCGCCGCAACCGCAGCCUUGGUACUGGAUAGCAUGUACACCGUGCCCUUAUCCGUCUCCGAGACAACUGCGCCGCGAGCCGUCGUCACCCUGAACGGCCAAGUGCUCACCGCCGUCCAGACAGCCAGCACCGACAUCUUGAUCAACGGAGCUGUACUUACGCCAGGCGGUGCAGGGGCUUCACUGUACGGAGUGGCAGUCAGCGCAUUAUUUCGUGGGUCUAGUGGUGAUGGAUUGGUUGUGGGGAGAAACACGACUGUGCCUUUGAGCAGCGCUUCAAGCGCAGCGAACAGCUCUGCAUCGGCCACGACCGGUUCUACUAGUGCUUCCAGCACGCAAGCAUCGACAGCUAUGACGAGCCACGCAAGCCUGACUGCCAUCACUGCCACUACGUCUGGACUUACUGCGACAAGCGCCGCAGCGACUAGUGGCGCUGACACGCUCAGCAAGCAGAUGUUACUCGGAUGGACAGCGGCAUUAUCACUAGCAUUGGCAGCAGGAUGCUCGGUCGGCAGCUGAUGGGUCUGUGAACGGCCCCAAACUGGAACUACUUGUCUUUCCGAGCUAGGUGCACCGUGGUUGCUGCCAAAUAUGGCUAUUACGGACGUCUUGGCCGCAACAGAUGUGCCCGUCCCUUAGCUCCAGCGUCAACUCCUCGCAAGGUCUUAAGAGGCUUGUCGAGGUCGUCGUGAGCGGUGUUCGGUUGAUGGGCAGGCACAUCGCUUGAAGUCGGCCUACAUUAUCUUGCA